CAACGUGCUGCGCUAAUAGCCACAGAUAGAGGGCCUGCGGACGCCCGCUAGCAGCUUGGGGUUAGUUUCUCCUGGUACCUGAGGCAGUUGGCAAGCACCUCCGAACACGGAGGGGGCAGAUAGGAUGCCUCCUCGGUUAGUACGUUAAGGGAUUCUGUUUUAUGCAUCUCCAAUAAUUUUUUUUAAAGUGUGUGGUGAAAUGAAAGUGGAUAAUAAUGCUUCAUCAGAAACAAGAGCAUAAUUUGUGAAUGAAUCAGUCAUCUUCAGACUUCAGUGAGCGAGCGUUGCUGGUUUGUAAAGAGAUGUGCAGAAGCGAUCUUGGCACGGGGACCAACUGCAUGGGCUCCCGUCGACUAAAGAUGAAACUUUAAAGAUCAGCCUCGAGUGAAAUUUGACAGAAGAUGUUCCUACAGUUUACUGUCUGGAAGUGUUUACCCUAUGGGAUCCUCAUUGCCUCUCUCUUGGUAGUCAGCUGGGGCCAGUAUGACGAUGACUGGCAAUAUGAGGAUUGCAAACUAGCUAGGGGAGGACCACCAGCUACCAUUGUGGCCAUUGAUGAAGAGAGUCGGAAUGGUACAAUCCUGGUGGACAACAUGUUGAUUAAGGGGACUGCCGGAGGACCAGACCCCACCAUAGAGCUCUCUUUAAAGGACAACGUGGACUACUGGGUGUUGCUGGACCCCGUUAAACAGAUGCUUUUCCUGAACAGUACCGGAAGAGUUCUGGAUAGAGACCCACCAAUGAACAUACACUCCAUUGUAGUGCAAGUCCAGUGUGUCAACAAGAAGGUUGGCACAGUUAUCUAUCAUGAAGUACGCAUUGUGGUGCGAGAUCGGAAUGACAACUCCCCCACAUUCAAGCACGAAAGCUACUACGCCACCGUGAAUGAGCUCACUCCGGUUGGCACCACGAUAUUCACGGGGUUUUCAGGAGAUAAUGGAGCUACAGACAUAGACGAUGGCCCUAAUGGACAGAUAGAAUACGUCAUUCAGUACAACCCGGAAGAUCCGACAUCCAACGACACCUUUGAAAUUCCACUCAUGUUGACUGGCAAUGUGGUGCUGAGGAAAAGACUCAACUAUGAGGAUAAGACUCGCUACUACGUCAUCAUCCAAGCGAAUGACCGUGCACAAAAUCUGAAUGAGAGGCGAACAACUACCACCACCCUCACAGUAGAUGUUCUAGAUGGAGAUGACCUGGGACCUAUGUUUCUGCCCUGUGUUCUUGUGCCAAACACACGUGACUGCCGUCCACUCACCUACCAAGCUGCCAUUCCUGAACUGAGGACUCCGGAAGAACUGAACCCUAUUUUGGUGACACCACCUAUCCAAGCCAUUGAUCAGGACCGAAACAUCCAGCCACCAUCUGAUCGACCUGGCAUCCUCUACUCCAUCCUUGUCGGCACCCCUGAGGAUUAUCCCCGCUUCUUCCACAUGCAUCCCAGGACUGCAGAACUCACUCUCCUGGAGCCAGUAAACAGAGACUUCCAUCAAAAAUUUGAUUUGGUUAUUAAGGCUGAGCAGGACAAUGGCCACCCACUUCCUGCCUUUGCUAGUCUGCACAUCGAAAUACUAGACGAAAACAAUCAGAGUCCAUACUUCACAAUGCCCAGCUAUCAAGGAUACAUCCUGGAAUCUGCCCCAGUGGGAGCCACUAUUUCCGAGAGCCUAAACUUAACCACUCCUCUCAGAAUUGUAGCUCUGGACAAAGACAUAGAAGAUACAAAAGAUCCAGAGCUCCACCUUUUCCUAAACGAUUACACCUCAGUCUUCACUGUGACACCCACCGGUAUCACGCGCUACCUCACCCUGCUUCAACCUGUGGACAGGGAGGAACAGCAAACCUACACCUUUCUGAUAACAGCAUUUGAUGGCGUGCAAGAAAGUGAGCCAGUCGUGGUCAAUAUCCGAGUGAUGGAUGCAAAUGAUAACACGCCAACCUUCCCCGAAAUCUCCUAUGAUGUCUAUGUUUACACAGACAUGAGUCCUGGGGACAGUGUCAUUCAGUUGACAGCAGUAGAUGCUGAUGAAGGCUCUAAUGGAGAGAUCUCCUAUGAAAUACUGGUGGGGGGCAAGGGAGACUUCGUGAUCAACAAGACCACAGGGCUGGUGAGCAUUGCACCAGGAGUGGAGCUGAUCGUGGGACAGACGUAUGCGCUCACAGUGCAGGCCUCGGACAACGCCCCGCCUGCAGAGAGAAGGCACUCCAUCUGCACAGUGUACAUCGAGGUGCUACCUCCCAACAACCAGAGCCCUCCCCGCUUCCCACAGCUGAUGUACAGUCUGGAAGUCAGCGAAGCCAUGAGGAUCGGCGCUGUUUUAUUAAAUCUACAGGCAACUGAUCGAGAGGGAGACCCAAUCACAUAUGCCAUCGAGAAUGGAGACCCUCAGCGAGUUUUUAAUCUUUCUGAAACCACAGGGAUUCUCAGCCUAGGGAAGGCUCUAGACCGCGAAAGCACGGACCGCUACAUCCUCAUCGUCACAGCCUCAGAUGGCAGGCCGGAUGGAACCUCAACUGCCACUGUGAACAUAGUGGUGACAGAUGUCAAUGACAACGCUCCUGUGUUCGAUCCCUAUCUGCCCAGGAAUCUCUCUGUGGUGGAGGAAGAGGCCAAUGCCUUUGUGGGUCAAGUCCGGGCAACAGACCCAGAUGCUGGGAUAAACGGCCAAGUGCACUACAGCCUGGGGAACUUCAACAACCUCUUCCGCAUCACAUCCAAUGGGAGCAUUUACACAGCCGUGAAGCUGAACAGGGAAGCCAGGGACCACUAUGAACUGGUUGUUGUGGCAACAGAUGGAGCAGUCCACCCUCGACAUUCAACUCUGACCCUGUACAUCAAGGUGUUGGACAUUGAUGAUAACAGUCCUGUUUUUACCAAUUCAACAUACACGGUUGUUGUUGAGGAGAAUUUGCCAGCUGGGACCUCCUUUCUUCAAAUAGAGGCCAAGGAUGUUGAUCUUGGAGCCAAUGUAUCAUAUCGGAUCAGAAGCCCGGAAGUGAAACACCUUUUUGCACUGCAUCCAUUCACUGGAGAAUUGUCUCUUCUGAGGAGUUUGGAUUAUGAGGCCUUUCCAGACCAGGAGGCAAGCAUCACAUUCUUGGUGGAGGCCUUUGAUAUUUAUGGGACAAUGCCACCUGGUAUAGCGACAGUCACAGUCAUUGUGAAGGACAUGAAUGACUACCCUCCAGUGUUUAGCAAACGCAUCUACAAGGGGAUGGUGGCUCCAGAUGCAGUCAAGGGGACACCAAUCACCACCGUUUAUGCUGAAGAUGCGGACCCCCCUGGGAUGCCUGCAAGUCGUGUGAGGUAUCGAGUGGAUGAUGUGCAGUUUCCCUACCCGGCCAGUAUUUUUGAUGUAGAGGAAGAUUCUGGAAGAGUAGUAACCCGCGUCAAUCUUAAUGAAGAGCCUACAACGAUUUUCAAGCUGGUGGUUGUGGCUUUUGAUGACGGUGAACCUGUGAUGUCCAGCAGUGCCACGGUGAGAAUUCUUGUCUUACAUCCUGGAGAGAUCCCACGCUUCACCCAAGAGGAGUACAGACCUCCUCCUGUAAGUGAGCUUGCUGCCAGAGGGACUGUAGUUGGUGUCAUUUCUGCUGCUGCCAUCAAUCAGAGCAUCGUGUACUCCAUUGUGGCAGGAAAUGAGGAAGACAAGUUUGGAAUCAACAAUGUCACUGGGGUCAUCUAUGUGAAUUCACCAUUGGAUUACGAGACAAGGACCAGCUAUGUGCUCCGGGUGCAGGCAGAUUCUCUGGAAGUGGUUCUCGCCAAUCUCCGAGUCCCUUCAAAAAGCAAUACAGCUAAGGUGUACAUUGAGAUUCAGGAUGAAAACGAUCACCCCCCAGUGUUCCAGAAGAAAUUCUACAUUGGAGGUGUGUCUGAAGACGCAAGGAUGUUUGCAUCUGUGCUCAGAGUGAAGGCCACCGACAGGGACACGGGAAAUUACAGUGCCAUGGCCUAUCGGCUCAUCAUACCGCCUAUUAAAGAGGGCAAAGAGGGGUUUGUGGUGGAAACAUACACAGGGCUCAUCAAGACAGCCAUGCUCUUCCACAAUAUGAGAAGAUCCUACUUUAAGUUUCAAGUGAUUGCGACUGACGACUACGGGAAGGGGUUGAGCGGGAAAGCAGAUGUACUGGUCUCCGUGGUCAAUCAACUGGAUAUGCAGGUCAUUGUCUCCAAUGUGCCCCCUACGUUAGUGGAAAAGAAGAUAGAAGACCUUACAGAGAUUUUGGAUCGCUAUGUGCAGGAGCAAAUCCCAGGUGCCAAGGUUGUGGUGGAGUCCAUAGGCGCCCGUCGCCAUGGAGACGCCUACUCCCUAGAAGACUAUAGCAAGUGCGACCUGACUGUCUAUGCCAUCGACCCGCAGACCAACAGAGCCAUCGACAGAAAUGAGCUUUUUAAGUUCCUGGACGGCAAACUGCUCGAUAUCAAUAAAGACUUCCAGCCGUAUUACGGGGAAGGAGGACGCAUUCUGGAGAUUCGGACUCCUGAGGCAGUGACGAGCAUCAAGAAGCGAGGAGAAAGUUUGGGGUACACAGAAGGGGCCUUGCUGGCCUUGGCCUUCAUCAUCAUCCUCUGCUGCAUCCCAGCCAUCUUGGUCGUCUUAGUGAGCUACCGACAGUUUAAAGUACGCCAGGCAGAGUGCACGAAGACCGCAAGAAUUCAGUCUGCCAUGCCUGCAGCCAAGCCUGCAGCUCCUGUACCAGCUGCUCCUGCGCCGCCGCCACCACCUCCGCCACCACCACCAGGAGCACAUCUCUAUGAAGAACUGGGAGAGAGCGCAAUGCAUAAUCUUUUCCUUCUCUACCAUUUUGAACAAAGCAGGGGAAAUAACUCGGUCCCAGAAGACAGGAGCAGUCAUCGCGAUGGGAUGGCCUUUUCCUCCAGUACCACUGAGUCUCAUGAGCCUGUUCAUGUAGAGGGACCACUUAAGGAGAGCCAGCCUAACCCGGCAAGGACAUUCUCAUUUCUUCCUGAUGAGGAUAACUUAAGUACCCAUAAUCCCCUUUACAUGGAAAGUAUAGGUCAAAAGUCAACAAACUCAGACCUUCAGCCACGAACAGAUUUUGAAGAGCUGUUGGCACCCAGAACACAAGUUAAGAGUCAGUCUCUGAGAGGCCCGAGAGAAAAGAUCCAGAGGGUGUGGAAUCAGUCUGUGAGCUUUCCUAGGCGGCUCAUUCGGAAAGCCCCAAACAGACCAGAGACCAUAGACCUGGUGGAGUGGCAGAUCACCAGGCAGAGAGCUGAAUGCGAAAGUGCCAGAUGCCACCCAAGCCAGAGAGGUAGCAGCAAUGUUCUGCUGGCAACUGAAGAUGCCCACGAGUCAGAGAAAGAAGGGGGACACAGAGACACCCUAAUCGUCCAGCAAACAGAGCAGCUGAAAUCUCUGUCUUCUGGCUCUUCUUUUUCCUCCUCUUGGUCUCACUUUUCUUUCUCAACUCUGCCAACGAUUUCAAGAGCGGUAGAACUCGGGUCGGAACCUAACGUGGUCACUUCUCCCGCUGACUGCACCUUGGAACUUUCUCCUCCUCUGAGACCCCGUGUUUUAAACUCCUUAGGUUCUAAGAGAGAGACUCCCACUUGUGCAUCAAAUACGGAACCAAAAAGGAACUCUUUUGAGAUCGCUCCCCAUCCACCUAGCAUCUCUGCUCCCCUCCCACACCUUCCUCUUCCUAGACCUCCCAUUGCUUUUACCACUUUUCCUCUUCCCCUUUCUCCCCCUAACCCUCCUCCCCCCCAACUUCUUACAUUUUCUCUUCCCAUUUCUACACCUCCUACUUCUUCUCUACCUCCUCCUCCUCCACUGUCACUUCCUCCUCCUCCUCGGCCACCAGCUCCCCGCCUCUUCCCACAGCCGCCUUCCAUGUCCAUCCCAUCUACAGACAGCAUCUCUGCACCAGCUGCUAAAUGCACUGCCAGUGCCACUCACGCCAGAGAAACCACAUCUACAACACAGCCACCAGCAUCCAACCCGCCGUGGGGGUCAGAACCCCACAGACAUCCAAAAGGGAUCCUCAGACAUGUGAAAAACCUGGCAGAGCUCGAGAAAUCAGUGUCUAACAUGUACAGUCACAUAGAAAAAAACUGCCCACCAGCAGAUCCCUCCAAACUACACACGUUUUGCCCUGCAGAGAAAACAGACAUGAAAAUCACACAUGACCAGAGCCAGGAAACGUUGGUUAGAGUUGUUGAGGGAAUUGAUGUGCAGCCUCACAGUCAAUCAACAUCCUUGUAAGGAUGCUUCUCCCAUUUUAACUGCGCGAUUCUUUUCUGGGUCGUAACCCUCAAAGUGGAGCACGAGAAUUUUGAACGUCACAGAAGAGUCCACUGUUUUUUAUCCCAAACUCAAUGCAAUGCCUUUUUCUUCCACACUUUUAAUUUCAAUUAACAUCACCGUCACUAACUCAUAGAGUAGAUUGACCUUAAUUUUCUUAACUUCAGGGUAGAUUAUUUGUCCUACAUUUAUUUUAAAAGUAAGUAACUUUAUCUGUUUUUAACGGGGAGAUUUGGGCAUGAAAAGUACUGAUCCAACUAAAUCCAAAGGCGUGUUGACCUUGUCGAUGGGUGAUGUUAUUCUUUUCUCUUUAGUUUUUGACCACGGUUUUAUGUGAAUGUUCUAGCUGUGGGGGGAGGAACAGAAAAACAGGGUGCUAGUAAGCCAUAAUGCUCUUUCCUUGGCUUGUUAUUUUCUUCAAGUCUAUGUAUUUGGUAAAAGGAAAUGUUUCACAGGUAAAAUGAUCCUUAGAAUUGUAGGGAAUGGCAGACAGCAGGGAUUUAAAAGGCAAUCUCAGGUGCUUUAAUAUGUAGUUAUCAGUUUUCUUAUAAUACCCUCCAUUCUGGAUUGUUUUGCUCUUUUUAGUAGGCUUUCAGAUGAGAAAUCUCUCCCAUUUUUUUCAGUUGCUGUUGUUAUGUUUCUUUAUCUUGAUGCUUUCUGUCUCCUUCUUUAUGAUGAAAAUAAAUCUCAUGCC